AUGGCCAAGCUCAUUUUGCUCACCGGUCUGGCACUCCUGCUGAACGCCCAGAUAGGUACUGCCUAUGUGCUGUCAUGUUACUUCACCAACUGGGCCCAGUACAGGCCUGGCUUGGGGCGCUAUAAGCCUGACAGCCAGGACAUAGAGGCAUGCAAUGUUCUCCACAGAUACCUGGACUACUUCCACGUGAUGACAUAUGACUUCCAUGGGUCAUGGGAUGGACACACUGGAGAGAACAGCCCUCUAUACAAAGGCCCAGCUGACACCGGCAGCUAUAUCUACUUCAAUGUCGAUUAUGCUAUGAACUACUGGAAGAGCAAUGGCGCCCCAGCUGAGAAGCUCCUUGUUGGAUUCCCAACAUAUGGACACAACUUCGACCUCCAAAACCCAUCUGACACUGCUGUUGGGGCACCAAUAUCAGGACCUGGGCCUGCUGGACCUUACACAAGACAGGCUGGGACCUUGGCUUAUUAUGAGAUCUGCACAUUCCUGGAUUCCGGAGCCACCCAGGCUUGGGAUGCCCCUCAGGACGUGCCCUAUGCCUACAAGGGCAGCACAUGGGUUGGCUAUGACAACAUCAAGAGCUUUAACAUCAAGGCUGACUGGCUGAAGAAGAACAACUAUGGAGGUGCAAUGGUAUGGUCCCUUGCUAUGGAUGACUUCACUGGCUCUUUCUGCAAAGAGGGCAAAUAUCCCCUGAUCUCCACCCUGAAGGCGGCUCUUGGCCUGCAAAGCAGCAGCUGUGUGCCCCCUUCUCAACCCAAUCCUCCAGUCACUGAGGCUCCUAGCUCUGGAAGUGGGAGCGGGAGCUCAGGGAGCAAUCCCGGCAGCUCCACUGGAAGCGGCUUCUGUGCUGGCAAGACCAACGGCAUCUAUCCAGAUCCAUCCAGCAAGAGCAGCUUCUACAACUGCGACGACGGCAAAACCUAUCUGGAGAGUUGCCAGGCCGGCCUCGUCUUUGAUACCAGCUGCUACUGCUGCAACUGGUCAUGA